UGAUGUUGACUUGAUGGCCAGGACUGGAAAGGGGUUUUGCGGAGCCCGGGGACCCGGGGGCCUCCCUGCUCCACGUUCCCCGGCGUACGGGGGGAGGGGACGGUGAAACCGGCCCUAAGGCUCCGGCCAGAGCUGGCGCCGCGCCUGUCGCCGGAGGGAUCGACUCUGCUCCCGCAGCCCUCCGAACCCGGGCUGCCGCUGGCGACUCCGCGCGGUGGAAGCUGCCCGGGCCUCCAGCCCGCGCCGUGGGGCGGGCGCCGCUGUCCCUCGGCUCGCUGUGCGGGAGGGAGCCGGGAGCGCGCUUUUGUACCUCCGAACCGCCGCACGCUGAGGCCAUGGGUAGAAGCCUCUUUUGGACCCCGCGAGUUAGCCUGAACCGUUUCUGCCCCGGCGUCCUCUGGACGGCUUGACUUUUGGCGUCCGGCGAGCCCCUCCCCGGGAUAAUGCGACCAUAUGACCCACUGCGGUUGUGGGUGAAGUUGUCAUCAUUUGGAGGCCGGUCGACCCCGUGCGGACCCCGACCUUGUCCUUAGGAGUAGCGUUCUUAGGGCUGGUUUCACUGUCCUGUAAAAGCAGUAGGGUGGAGCUGGGUUACCUUUGUGUUGUUUCUUUUCAAAUCACACCCGCUUUAGAGAAUCAUCCUGGACGUGCCUGAAGUUGAGGGGGAGGGGCGGGGGCAGGGGAUUUCUAAAGGUGUUUGAUUUGAAAAGGAUGACAUUACAUGAUGUAGGUUGUUUGCUCCCCACUUCUCCACUCACUUUUUAGGCCCGCAUUCCUUUCCCUCCCCCCUAGGUUUAGGUAUUUGUCUUCUCAUUGAGCAAUAUUGCUUCGGGGGCCAGGACUGAAAGGCAAAACUGUGACCAACCAUUAAGCUGUGGAAUAGGUUCUCUCCAAGUGGAGGAAACUCAUCAUUUGAGACGAGUAUAACUGGAUUCUGCAAAGACCUGGAACAUGCAUGACUAUAGGGAUGACCUCUGAGCUGGCCAGAAUGGACACAUUAGUGACCAGUAGGCCUUUUGCCAUUCCUGACCUAUCCAUUUGGAGGUAGAGCUAGGAAAAAAGAACUUGUGAAGAGAGUAUUAGAAAUCAAAUCGACUCUGAUCUGGUAGUCCACUCUGCUGGAAGGUGCUAUGCUUUUGAACCACAGUUGUAGCCAGUGAUGUUAUCUGAUCCAUAAGGCUUGCUUCCCAAGGAUUCCUUAUGACAUGUACUGUUUUAGUUGGGCAAACACUGAGGUCUCAGCUCCUGUACAGUUUCCAUACCAUUCUGUGCAUGAUUUGAGCUAGGUCUCCCAAAACUGGUGGGGAGCAAACGCCACACAUGUACAUGUGAAUAUUAAUAAUCUACAUUUGUAAGUUAAGGAGGUUUACAUCAAAGUAAAACUAAUUUUGAAAAGUAAUAAAAUGCAACCGUUGGGGUUCCCUAGAAUUUUUUCUUUCUCCUGUGGUGCAUUUUUUUUUCCCCUUAAUUUGGUCCCUGUUACAAAAGUCAACAUUCAUAAAUUAGUCAGACUUUUGUCAUUCCACAUUCACUUUUGUGACCUAAAUCUGAGUAUUCAAGUUUUGCUAACUCAUUUAUAGUCUGACAGUUGUACAUUGACACUUGAACAUUGACAGCAUCUUCAUUGAAUCUUGUUAGAACAUAGCAGAAAGUUCUUCUUUUUCCUAACUCAGUAAAGUACCUGUUGGUCCUCAUGGAUGUGCCUUCAUUCUGGGAUUUGAAGUUUAAGGGAAAUACCAAUGCACCUUGUAAUAAUUUUGCCCUAUUUCCAGUGAACCUCCUUAAACUGCAUGUAUAUGUCACUGUUCCUAUGUAUGUGUGUCUCUCUACCACAUAACCCAGCACUUAUUUCCUCAGCCAAGUGGCUAGGGGCGAGCCUAGCCAAGAUUUUACCUCCAAUGGACGCAAGUUUCUUUGGUGAAGAUCUCUCCUGAGAGUUCGGGACUAGCAGGAAGAAGCGAGGAAAGUUCGCCCGUUUGGUUCUGUCGGAUAGGUAUUUAUGGACUCGGUCUGUGUGAAUGUAAGCUGUGAUAUUUAACUACGGAGAAAAAAAAUUUGCAAGUGACAUUGAAUGGUUGACCAAAACAUACAUGAUACGACGGGCGUGGUCACCUACAUGACCUCUCUGCCUACGAUGCUGAGUACGCCACAUGGAACCGAGACUACCAGCUGUCUGAAGAGGAGGCGCGGGUAGAAGCACUGUGUGAUGAAGAGAGAGGAAGAAUACAAAAGACUGAGUGAAGCACUGGCAGAAGAUGGGAACUACAGUGCCGUAGGUUUCACUUAUGGCAGUGACUAUUAUGACCCAUCAGAGCCAACGGAAGAGGAGGAACCCUCCAAACAGAGAGAAAAAAAUGAGGCUGAAAACUUGGAUGAAAAUGAAGAGCCGUUCAUUGCUCCUUUAGGAUUGAAUGUCCCAUCUGACGUGGAGCUGCCACCAACAGCCAAAAUGCAUGCUAUCAUCGAGCGCACAGCCAAUUUUGUAUGCAAGCAAGGAGCACAAUUUGAGAUAAUGCUGAAGGCCAAGCAAGCACGAAACUCACAAUUUGACUUCCUGCGCUUUGAUCACUACCUCAACCCCUACUACAAAUUCAUCCAGAAAGCUAUGAAAGAAGGACGGUACACGGCACUGGCAGAAAACAAAAGUGAGGAGAAAAAAAAGUCAGGGAUGAGCUCUGACAAUGAAGACGAAGAUGAUGAGGAAGAUGGGAGUUACCUACACCCAUCUCUCUUUGCUUCCAAGAAGAGCAACCGCCUUGAAGAGCUGAUGAAGCCCUUGAAGGUAGUGGACCCGGAUCAUCCCCUAGCAGCCCUUGUCCGUAAAGCACAGGCUGACAGCUCUGCUCCGGCCCCACCCUCUGCAGAUGGCACAACUGCACAACCUUCCCAGGUGGAGUACACCACAGACUCAACCGUGGCAGCCAUGUACUACAGCUACUACAUGUUGCCAGAUGGCACCUAUUGCCUGGCACCACCCCCACCUGGGAUCGAUGUAACCACUUACUACAGCACCCUUCCAGCCGGAGUGACCGUGUCCAGCUCACCUGGAGUGACCACCACUGCACUACCACCUUCUGGGACCACACCCCCACCACCAACCACCACCACUGAAACAAGCAGUGGGGUUACCUCCACAACCACCACCACAAGUGCGCUUGCUCCCGUGGCCAUCAUCCCCCCGCCCCCCGACAUCCAGCCUGUGAUCGAUAAACUGGCAGAAUACGUCGCUAGGAAUGGCCUUAAAUUUGAGACCAGUGUUCGAGCCAAGAACGAUCAGAGAUUUGAGUUCCUUCAGCCCUGGCACCAGUACAAUGCCUACUACGAGUUUAAGAAACAGUUCUUCCUGCAGAAAGAAGGAAGCAGUGGCAUACAGGUGGCGUCAACACCGGAAGAGGCUCCUAUGGAAACUACUGCUAAUAAGUCAAGUGAAACUGGGGAGGAUGGCACACCUGAGGAUGUGGCAGAGGCUGGGGGAAGAGGCAGUUCAAGCGGGAAGAAGGAGGCAGGAUCUAGCAAGAGCACCGUGGACGGAAAGCUGGUGAAAGCUUCAUUUGCUCCAAUAAGCUUUGCGAUCAAGGCCAAAGAAAAUGAUCUACUUCCCCUGGAAAAAAACCGAGUUAAGCUGGAUGAUGAUAGUGAAGAAGAUGAAGAAAGCAGGGAAUGCCAGGAAAGUUCAAGCAGCGUGGCCAACCCCAGCCCAGCUGCAGCCCCGCCCUGUGUGGUUGUGGAGGAGAAGAGGCCCCAGCUUACCCAGGAGGAACUGGAAGCAAAGCAAGCAAAACAAAAGCUGGAAGACCGCCUUGCAGCUGCUGCUCGGGAGAAGCUGGCUCAAGCUUCCAAGGAAUCCAAGGAGAAGCAACUUCAGGCUGAACGGAAAAGGAAAGCAGCUUUGUUUUUACAAACCCUAAAGAAUCCUCUGCCAGAAGCAGAAGUUGGAAAACUUGAGGAGAGUGCUUUCAGUGUAGAGGAAGCCAGUGCCAUGCCCUGUCCUCUGCUGGCUGGAGGCAGAACUCUGCCCACAUUAGAGGUGAGACCACCAGACAGGCCUUCAAGCAGAAGCAGAGAUCCACCAAGAGAAGAGGAGAAAGAAAAGAAAAGAAAGAAGCACAAAAAACGGUCUCGAACUAGGUCACGCUCCCCCAAGUACCAUUCGUCAUCCAAGUCCAGGUCUAGAUCUCACUCAAAAGCAAAGCACUCCCUGCCCAGUGCCUACCGGACAGUGCGGCGGUCAAGGCCCUCAGCCUCCCCAGGGACCUUGAGUGUGGAGCCUUGUCCCAGCAGCUCGGCAGUGGCAGCAGCAACACAGCAGGAGAGUUAUCAGGCAGCCUCGGCCUCGAGCAGAUUUGACUCCUGGAGCUCUUUUGAGGGGAAACCUGGUAAACCGUCAAGGUCACGCUCUCGGUCCCCUCGGAGGAGAGCUCACUCUCCAGAGAGACGACGAGAAGACAGGAGUGUCCCCACUGCCUACCGGAUGAGCAGCAGCCCCGGGGCCAGCAGGAAACGGACCCGUUCCAGAAGUCCCCACGAGAAAAAGAAGAAAAGGCGUUCUCGAUCUCGCACCAAGGCCAAGGCCCGCUCCCAGUCAACGUCCCCAAGUAAGCAGGUGGCACCGCGUCCUACAGCCCACUCAGCCCACUCAGCCAGCAUCUCUCCUGUGGAGAGCCGGGAUUCCAGCCAGGAGCGCUCCAGGGGGGUUUCUCAGGAAAAAGACGGCCAGAUCUCCUCAGCUAUCGUCUCCUCUGUGCAGAGCAAAAUAACUCAGGAUCUCAUGGCCAAAGUAAGAGCAAUGCUCGCAGCUUCCAAAAACCUGCAAACCAGCGCGUCCUAAGAUGGCAACUGCAAGGCCAGCCCUGAGCAGAGCAUUGUGUGUGGCUGCGGCCACAGAUGCUGGGUUUCGGCUCAGAACAGCCGCAUCCUAGAAGGUGGGAACUGAGCUGUGUGCAGACCUACACAUUGCUAUUCAGGUUCUCUAGUCUGACUCCCUGGGACAGUCAGUGGCUUUUGUAAAUUAAUUUUUGAUGACAUUUUCAGUUUAAGAUUUUUGACCAGCAGUCUCUUACCUGUAUAUUUGUAAAUAUAUCAUGUUUCUGUGAAAAUGUAUUAUCAAAUAAAAUGGGAGGAAAUUCCUUUUCUAGCUAGCA